CGCACACAGCCAUCCGCCGUCCCCUUUCCCUCUAUCCCCGUUCUCCUUCCUCUGUAGGCCCCCAUCUCCGCCGCCGGCCGGAGGGGCGCCGCCCGCCACCAUGAGCUCCUUCAGCUACGAGCCGUACUACGCGACCUCCUACAAGCGGCGCUACGUGGAGGCACCGCGGGUGCACAUCUCCAGCGUGCGCAGCGGCUACAGCACCGCGCGCUCCGCUUACUCCAGCUACUCGGCGCCCGUCUCCUCCUCGCUGUCCGUGCGCCGCAGCUACUCGUCCAGCUCUGGCUCCUUGAUGCCCAGUCUCGAGAACCUCGACCUGAGCCAGGUAGCCGCCAUCAGCAACGACCUCAAGUCCAUCCGCACCCAGGAGAAGGCGCAGCUGCAGGACCUCAACGACCGCUUCGCCAGCUUCAUCGAGCGCGUGCACGAGUUGGAGCAGCAGAACAAGGUGCUGGAGGCCGAGCUGCUGGUGCUGCGCCAGAAGCACUCCGAGCCGUCCCGCUUCCGGGCGCUGUACGAGCAGGAGAUCCGCGACCUGCGCCUGGCGGCGGAAGACGCCACCAACGAGAAGCAAGCGCUGCAGGGCGAGCGCGAAGGGCUGGAGGAGACUCUGCGCAACCUGCAGGCGCGCUAUGAGGAGGAGGUGCUGAGUCGCGAGGACGCCGAGGGCCGGCUGAUGGAGGCGCGCAAGGGGGCCGAUGAGGCGGCCCUGGCCCGCGCCGAGCUCGAGAAGCGCAUCGACAGCCUGAUGGACGAAAUCGCCUUCCUGAAGAAAGUACACGAAGAGGAGAUCGCCGAGCUGCAGGCGCAGAUCCAGUACGCGCAGAUCUCCGUGGAGAUGGACGUGGCCUCCAAGCCCGACCUCUCUGCCGCGCUCAAGGACAUCCGCGCACAGUACGAGAAGCUGGCUGCCAAGAACAUGCAGAACGCCGAAGAGUGGUUCAAGAGCCGCUUCACCGUGCUGACCGAGAGCGCCGCCAAGAACACCGACGCGGUGCGCGCCGCCAAGGACGAGGUGUCCGAGAGCCGCCGCCUGCUCAAGGCCAAGACCCUGGAGAUCGAAGCGUGCAGGGGCAUGAACGAAGCGCUGGAGAAGCAGCUGCAGGAGCUGGAAGACAAGCAGAACGCCGACAUUAGUGCUAUGCAGGACACAAUCAACAAAUUAGAAAAUGAACUGAGAACCACGAAAAGUGAAAUGGCUCGAUAUCUGAAAGAAUACCAAGACCUCCUCAACGUGAAGAUGGCUUUGGACAUCGAGAUUGCAGCCUACAGGAAACUCUUGGAAGGUGAGGAGACCCGGCUCAGUUUCACCAGUGUGGGAAGCAUAACCAGCGGCUACUCCCAGAGCUCCCAGGUCUUUGGCCGGUCUGCCUACGGCGGCUUACAGAGCAGCCCUUACCUGAUGUCCGUCCGCUCCUUCCCAUCUUACUACACCAGCCACGUCCAAGAGGAGCAGAUCGAGGUGGAGGAGACCAUCGAGGCUGCCAAGGCCGAGGAGGCCAAGGACGAACCCCGCUCCGAAGGAGAAGCCGAGGAGGAGGAGAAGGAGAAGGAAGAGGCGGGGGAAGAGGAGGGGGCUGAAGAGGAAGAAGCUGCCAAGGAAGAAUCAGAGGAAGCAAAGGAGGAAGAAGAAGGAGGGGAAGGCGAAGAAGGAGAAGAAGCCAAAGAAGCCGAGGAGGAUGAGAAAAAAGAUGAAGGUUCUGGGGAGGAGCAGGCAACUAAGAAGAAAGAUUGAGCCCCCUACCCUUUCCUUAAUUACUCCAGGAAUAAUUCUCCCAAAAUCAGGUCAACCCCAUCACCAACCAACCAGUUGAGUUCCAGAUACUAUAUGAAUUAAGAAGUCAAUAUAUGUAUAAUUCUGAGAUGACUUAGGUUGGACAUUAAAUGUUGUGCUAUGACUUUUCUCCUUAGGCAGAGUAUCUGUUUGCUUGCAGAGUGGCUUCCUGGCUUGCUGCCAGCCUGUGCAUGGUCCACGCUUAUGAGUUCAGGAUUUAUGGCCAUGUGAAUAAUUCAGAUGUUUACAAUUAAAAAAAAACAUGAAUAAAUGAAUUCACUAAUGUUACUGUUAAACUUCAUGGAAGAAAUAGUCCUUUGAACCUUUGGUGGCUAGAAAUUAAAGACCUCAAAUUAUGUGCAAUAAAUAGUAAAUAAAGUUACACUGAAUGACAAUUCUUGCUGUGGUUGUUGACUUUAAUUAAAAUACCUUAAAGAAGGCACCAAUAUGAGUCAUAUAGAAAUUUGAUCUCCAAAUUUCUUAAGUCAAAAUUUUAACAGUUACGGUGCAUUUUUCUCCUUAAUUGGUGAUUCUGAGGGCUACAGUUAAGUCAUGGCCAUUCAUGAACUCUUUCCCCUCCAAAAUAUUACUGAUCAUAAACUUGAGUAAAUGAGAGUCCCUGGGGUUCUUUUUCCUUUACUUUGCCCUCUAAAAUGUACUAUCUAACGUCGGGAAAUGGCUUUCUUGGAGGCAAUUUGGAAAUUUUGUGAUAAAUAUACCCUUUACGGUAAAGAGAUAACUUUACUGCUAGUAUAUAAUAGUAAAUGUAAUAUGGGUAGAAUGUGAAUCCCACCCAUCCAUCACUGUAACCAUAUUUUAAAAAAUACAGCCUAAAUACUGUGGGAAGAAGUUGAAACCUGAGCAAAUGAGAUAAUUAAGAGUAAUUUUUAUCAAUGUAUAAUUGUGGAUGGAGAGAAGAAGAGGUCAUUUGCCAUUGCAAACAUGUUGCCUGCAAUCCUGAGCUCAUGAUUCAGUGUGUUAGCUUGAUACUGUUGCCUCAAGUAAAUGACACUUAAUGCCACUCAUUUUAAACUUCUGAAAAACUACAAAUAGAGGUAAUGGAAUUGUUACCAGUCACUUAAGGGGGAAGAUGAUACACUUGUAGGUUGCAUUGCUAUUGUUCUGUAUGCCUUUAUCAGGAAAUACUGAGAUUUCAGCGAUAGCUCUAACUGGUUAGACAUUGCAUCAAAUAACACACCCCUCUCAGCCUGUCCACUCUAAGGUUAUGAAAGCUCUUGCACGUAUAUUUGACAUGGAAUGUAGAAGAAAUUAUUGAUUAUCUGCUGUUCUGCUUCUGUUCUUACACAAUUGCUUGGUCAGCUAAUGUCAUUCAAUAUUUCUUCUUUAGCCAACUUUAACCUAAAAGCAAAGUGGCCUCCAUUUAAAGUUAUCAAGUUCUUCACACUACCUAUUACUAGUUAAGAUUAUAUGUCACCCUGCAAAUGGGUAAAAUGUUUCUUUAUCUACCAUGCUGCUAUGGGUUUGAACUAUGAAGAUUGUUAGGAUAUCAGCUCCUGAAUAGACUAGGAGUCACUUCA